AUGCAGCUGGUCGCGAAGGGGCUGCAGCUCCUCGAGCGGUCUCGGGUCCUGCACCUUGCCGCGCUGGGCCUGCGCCCCCGGCCGCAGCACCUGCCCAAGCCUCGCGACGGUCUUCUUCUCCAUACGUACAUCCCGCAGAUACGCAUUCUUGGCACCGACGCGCUUCGGAACGACCCGAUGGUGGUGCACCCGAUCGUGCUUGUCCAUCUCGUCGACGUCUCGACGGGCUGCUACCUCAUGAAGUUCGACCGUCAACGACCAGGUGUCCAUGCGCUAGAGCCCGUGACGAUGCUCCAGGGCGCGCUCAAGAAGCAUACGAUGUGCGACUACAUCUUGCCGAUCGCGACGCAGCCGUGUCCCUUGUCACCCAACGGCCAAGACAACCCAACGUGGAACGAACUCCUGCUCGUCAACGACGCCUACUCGCAUUAUCUCCGGCCCGAGACGCUCCUGCUGUUUGAGCUUCCUACACACUUUGUUAGCUUGGAACUUGGCGUUAUCUAG